UAAUUAAUUAUUAACAAUUGACAUCUUAAGGACAUUAUACAUCUUUAUCUAUGUGUGAUAAUGUGUGAUAAUUGAAGGAACUACAGUAAUUAACAGGUUAUAUAUAUAUAAUAUAUAUAUUUAUUUUAUUGUGAAAAUGUCGCAAGAUUAUUUAUUUGAGUGUCAAAGGGCUGAAUUAUUGGGCCAGACCCCGCCGACUGAAGAAGAGUGGAAUCAAAAAUGUAAAAUUAAUUUUGAUAAUGAUAAUGAUGAAGAUAAUAAUGAUGACGCUGAGAAAUUGGAACAAAGUGAUGAAAGUAUGAAACGUAUUGGUGGUGGGUUAGAUGAAUUAAAUUCAAUACUAAGUGCUACGCAAAAGAAAAUUAAUCGAUUUAAGACCGUGUGUGGAAGUCUAGGAUCACUAUUAAAAGUAACAGGAUAUUCACGCAACGCGACGCCAGAACAUCAGCCGCAAUCAUCAGCAAUUGAUAAUGAAAGCAAUGAUAAGACAGAAGAAAAUGACGAAACAUUGACUAUUGAAACAGCCGACACUGAAAAUUCUAUGGAAAAUAAUAUCGAAAAAAAUUAUAAUUCAUCUAAAAAAAUUGAUAUCAACGAGAAAAUGGGAUCUCAUUUGGAUAAACUUGAUUCGCUGAUAACAAAAGCUGAAAAUGCCCAGUACAGUAUGCAGCAUCAGACAAAACAGAUGAAAAAAAUUCUUAAAAAAUAAUA